UUUACUAAACGCGUGUGAUAAUAGAAAAUUGGCCUUUUUAGUGAGUUGACAGUGCUCGUUAUUUGUUCCGGGAGACGUACGUUUCGUCCAACUGUCACCCUUUGGGUUUGGAAAUGUCGUCCGGCGGCGGCCCGGGAAAUGUUGUCCAGCAGGUUAACCAGCUGUGGUCCAUGUUGGAAGACCUUUGCCAGAACGACCCAGAAGCUUACCGGAGCUUCAUGGAGAAACAGCUGAAGUCCGGCAUGGAUUACAACGCCCCACCUAGGCUUGACUCGUGCAUACGCACUGACAUGAUGGACCCACAUGGAGGCUCGCUGUACAUUAACAUAUGCAGCUGGAAGCGUGUACCAGCAUCCCAGGAUUCCAAUAAGCCAAUACCCGUGUAUGCUGGAAGCCUGGAAACACACAAAGAUGAAGGUGCUUACACAGUGCUGGACAUAGCAUUUAACCCAGAGGUGCUCGAGGACUGUAAAAAAGACAAGGCUGGGAUGGACCAGGUCUACAUGUUAGCUAUAAGCUUUGCCCAGCAGCAGCAUGGACUCAUGUUGUCUCAGCAGUAUAAUGUCGUUAGCCUUUGCCCCAAAAACGGCCCAGAGGACUUGCGCCGCCGCCUCGGCUUCCAGCAGCAGCAGCGACUGACGACAGACAAACAGUCAAAUGCAGCCAGUCAGAGCCCGGACUCUCUCCUGGAGCAGAUCAACUCUCUGCGGCUGGCCAAAGACGACACAGGGCCGCCGGUUGAAAUCGUUUGUCAGCCCGCCGUUCGCAAAAAGGGCUUGAUCGAGGUAAUCUCCUCCACCACGUUCGAGCAGCCUGAGAAGCCCGAGUAUCGACUCGAGGUGAAGACCCUUGAUGAGGGAUUUCCAUGCAAGCUGGAGCUGACCGUGGAGCUGCCCAAGAUUAGCUCCAUGUCGGAGUGGCAGCUUAAGAUGUCCAAGGAUGAUGCCAUGUUAGAGGUGGAGGACAUCUACUACCUGCUGGUGGACUUCCCAAGUGCUGUAAAUGAAAACAGCGCCGUUGCCAUCUUUAAUAAGCGGAGGCGGAGACUUACGGUGACGGCGGAUAUUUUAUGACAUCUCCGGACUGGGGAAAGAUUAACGUAAAAGUCAAAAUAAAAUACUGAAAAUGUGCAAUUGGUAACGUCUAAGACUGAAGACGCAGGUCAUACUACAGAUAGGUAGAAUUUUUGAAGGAGGGAGGAAAGCAGACAGACAGACAGACAGAUUGAUUUGGGUACAACACCUCUGAUUCCAUGGCACAUAUUGGUAUGAGCUAACAGUGCCUGCGAUAAGUGACACACCCGAUUGCACAAAAUUGCAGCGCAGUUCAUUUUCACCUUCUAGUACCAAGGAGUAUUAUGCAAGUAAAUUCAUUUAGCCUGCA